GGACACGGUAUCAGGAGCGACGACGUGUUCGUGACGUUCAUUCUUAACGUCGAUAUCGUCUCGACGCUCCUAGCGUUGGCGGGAAUAGCGUUCAACCUCCUUAACGUCGUCGUCUUCGUCAAACUGGGGCUGUCCGAGACGACAAAUAUCUCGCUGUUGAGCCUGGCGCUUGCCGACGUGGUGAUCCUGCUGACCAUAAUAGGUUACACAGUCGUCUACAACCCCCUGACGCUGAGCGCCGCGCCAAACCUCGACAUUCUGGACGCCGUCAACUACGUCGUUCUGGGCACCCCUCACGUCAUGUUUAGCCGGAUAGCCGGCUGUUUGACGGCCUUCGUGGCGCUGGAGAGGUUUCUCUGCGUAGCUUUCCCGCUGCACGUUAAAAUCAUCGUGACGCCAGGGAAGACCACCUCGGCCGUGCUGUGCAUCAAUAUCCUCACCGUGGUCUUCACGCUGCCCACUUUUAUCGCUAAUCAGAUCGGACCGAGGCUCAACGCACAGCUGAACCUGACCGUCGUUGGAUUAAUCCAGGCCCCGUCUGUAGCAGAAUUUGAGGGCGUGACGAUAAUGUUUAACCUGAUUGUUCAGAUGACUUCAUUCGUGGUCGUCACGCUGUCCACCCUGGGCUUGAUCCGGUCACUUCACAAGGUCACCCAGUGGAGAAAAAGCUCUUCAUCCUCUCAGAUCCCUCGCGUUUCCGGUCGAGACAAACAACUGGUCAAGAUGGUCAUCAUGAUAUCAGUAGCCUUCAUCGUGUCAUCGUUCCCCACGCUGCUGGUCAACACCCUGCAGGCGUUUGUCAAAGAGUUCAGCGUCAGGGGACGAGAGAAGAACCUGUUCAUAGCCGUCUGCGCAGUUUUGUUUAACCUCCAGACGAUCCAUUCAGUGGUUAACAUUUUCAUCUACCUGUCGAUGAGCACCAGGUUUAAGCGACAGCUUUUCGACAUUUUU